CAUGUUUACGUGGAAAACAUGGCGGCGGACUACCAACAAGGAGACAGCACCUAGUUACGCGAGUGGAAGUGUUUGGCAGCCAGCUGGGAGCCAGACGAACCGCUAGUUUUUUUGGAUUCUCCUCGCUGAUAUUUCGCAUGAAGCAGUUUCCAUUUUGUUUCAGCCACAGGGACCGCGGUGAUGGAAGACGAGGAGAGGCAAAAGAAGCUGGAGGCCGGCAAAGCAAAGUUGGCUGAGUACCGCCAGAGAAAAGCUCACGCGGACUCCCAGAAGAAACAGAAGAAGAAGAAGAAAAAGAAGUCGCCGGAAGACUCGGAGGGGGAUUCACAGGGAAGGGUGGAGGUCGAGCCGGAUCAGUCUGUGGGAGGAGAGGAGGGCUCAGGUGGAGGACAAGAUGGAUCACAAGAAGGAAAUAAAAACCCACCCACCACGGAGUUUACCUUCGCCAGGACUCUGCGGAGCGGAGAGACUGUCAAGCAUGACCAGACCUACACCAUAGAGCCGGAGAGUGAGGUGUCCACUACCGCUGAAGAUUGUUCCUCUGAGGUAAAUGGGUGCCAUGGUGAUGAUGAUGAUGAUGAGAUGACAGAAAACCUAAUGAUGUCUUCGAAGGAUUUUAUUUGGGAGGAAGUGGAGCCCCUACAGCAGGUGACAAAGGGAGGAACGAUACAGGACAUGGAGGAUGCACUAGCCGCUAAGACCCAGGCUGUGGAAGAGCUGAGCCGAGAGCUCGAAGACAUCAGGGCUGCUUUCGGCACAGAGGGAGUACAGCAGCUGCAGGAUUUUGAGGCUGCUCUGAAGCAACGAGAUGGCAUCAUCACCCAGCUCACCGCUAACCUUCAGCAGGCUCGCAAAGAAAAAGAUGAGAUCAUGAAAGAAUUCCUGGCACUGACAGAGCAAAGCCAAAAACUACAAAUUCAGUUCCAGCAGCUUCAGGCUGGUGAGACGCUGAGGAACACAAGCCACAGCAGCACCGCAGCUGAUCUUCUGCAGGCCAGGCAGCAGCUCAUGCAGUACCAACAGCAGCUGGAGGAGAUAAACAUUGAGGUGAAAAAGCACCAGGAGAGGAGCAGUGAGCAGCUUGAGCAAAUCAACCAGCUCCAGCAGAAGCUCAGUGAGACAGAGAUGUCAGGGAGAAGGUCAGAAGAAUCACUCACUCAGAGGAUAAACGAAAAGGAGCGGCUAAUUGUUGAAAAAGAAAAAGUUAUUUCUAGUCAGGAGCAAUCGCUGACAAAGUUAAGAACGUCGGAGGAGUCUUUUGCACAAACACUGAAAGAGAAAAAUCUGAUAAUUUCAGAGCAAACUGCAAUAAUCACAGAACAUGAGCUGUCUCUGAGCAUGCUCAGAGAGGAACUUGUCCAUGUGGGACGGACUAGAGAUGAGAAUGUUAUUCAACAGUCAGAUGAGAAAGACCAGAUCAUAGCAGAGCAAGAGAGAGUCAUUUCAGAAAGGGACGGCUCUCUUGCGCAGCUCGAGGAUGAGCUGGAGUCUGCUGAGAAACGCCAGCGCGACUUCCAGCAGCGAAUGGCUGACAAAGAAUCAGAGCUUGAAAAGUGCGUGGAUGAGUUGGAAAGCACCAAGUCUAACUUGGAGCGCUGUAAAAGCGAAAUAGAGAGCUGUAAAUUAGAACUUGAGAAAGAACGCAUGGAGUUAGAGAACUGUAAGGGAGAACUUGAAGUCUCUAGACAGAAGGAGCGAAUGUCAUCCAGUGAAAUCAUGCAGCUCAUGGGCACAGUAGAGGACCUGCAGAAGCGUUAUCACCAGGGCAGCCAGUCUGAGAGUGACACCGUCCACAAAAUGCAGGAAGAGUCCGUGAGGAAACUUGAACUUCUCAGGGCAGAGCUUGAUGAGAUGUAUGGCCAACAAAUAGUCCAGAUGAAGCAGGAACUUAAUUUGCAGCAUGCAGCAAGAGUGGAACAAAUGACUGAGCAAUAUCGCAUUGAGCUCGAGCUUCUAAAAGCACAACAACUGUCUCAAAGCUCUGCUGUUGGUUCUGAAGUGGACAUUCUCAAUGCAAAGAUAAGGGAGCUUCAAGAGACUGUACAGCAAUCCCAAACAAUGCACGAUAAAACCAGACAUGAGCUCAGCCAGGUCGCCCAAGAGAAGUUGAACCUGCAGGCCAAGGUUGACGAUCUUCUCCAAGAUCUCCGUUCUGCUAAAGCAAAGGUGGAGCAGGUCUCCCACAGCCUCAUCUCUCAGGAAAGCCAACAAGGUGAACUGCAACGCCUCCAGGAGACCAUUGACAUUCUGAAAGGCGAGCUGGCUGCUGCUCAGGAAGCAGCAGAAGAGGCAGAAGCGAAACACGAUUCAGAAAUCACCAACUACAAGAUCAAGUUGGAGAUGCUGGAGAGGGAGAAAGACGCUGUGCUUGACCGCAUGGCGGAGUCGCAGGAAGCAGAGCUGGAGCGACUUAGGACUCAGCUUCUGUUCAGCCAUGAAGAAGAGCUCAUCAGUCUUCGGGAAGAGUUACAAAGGGAGAGCUUCCUGAAUGCAGAAAACCUUCUCAAUGAAGCCGCUGUCAAGCACGAGAGGGUGUUGGACGAACUGCGCAUUGGCUAUGAUGAAAAAAUGCAAUUGUUACAAAGAGAGAAGGCAAGUUUUGCCGCAGAGCGAGACGAGCUUUUGCACCAAAUUCUUGGACUAAAAGAGGACCUGAAGCUUGCCUUGCACAGCUCAAAAGCAGACAAGCUCGUCCAGCAGCUUCAAGAGCUUCAGGUAGAAAUCGAGGAACUGAGAAAGGGAGGAGAAGAACGAGCCCGAAUGGAAAACAAAAUUCAGACAUUAGUAAAAACGACAGAGCUGCUUGAAAACCAGUCAAAAGAGAAAGAUAAAUGUUGGGAGAACAAAUUGAAAGAGCAGGAAUUGGAAAAGGAGAAGCUGAUAGGGUCUAAUAACAACUUGAAAGAAGCAUUGGAAACAAAAACUGUUCAAAUUGAGACGCUCACAGCAGAGAACAAUCAAAAAGAGCAAAAAGUAGUUGAGCUCAGUGAAGAAAUUGAAAAGCAGAGAAAUAUUUUUUCAUUUGCCGAAAAGAAUUUUGAGGUAAAUUAUCAAGAGCUGAAGGCGGAGUAUACAUGUCUGAUUGAGGCAAAGACGCAGUUAGAAGAGAGGACACUGAAGGAGACACUUGAGUUUGAGGCAAAAAUUGCCAGCCUUCAGUCACAGAUUCAGGAGCUGGAGGAUGGCAGCAGAGGUAUCAAAAUGGCAGACACGAACAGAGACGGGGAGAAAAAAUCAGUGAUAGAAAAAGAUACUACUGAGCUAAUGGAGAAAUUAAAUGUUACAUUGAGUGAGAAAGAAAAGCUGGCUGGGAGGCUUUCUGAAGUUACAGAGCAACUGAUGUUCACAGAGAGCAAAGUGGGGCAGCUGGAAGAAGAACUGGUGAAAGUGCGACAGGAAAACGCGAAGGUCAUCGCCCGAAAUGAAAGCCUUGGGAAAGAACUGGAAAAGAAGCAAGAGAUUAGGAGAGCGCAGGCGAGGGGGCAGGAUGCCCAGAGAAAGCUCCGGCAAGAGGAGCAAGCUGUUGAGCCAGUUUAUUUUUCUGAGGAUCAUCACCUUCAGAAUCAAUCUUUGCGAGAGGAGAUAAAGGCUCUUCAGUCCCUCUUACAGGCAGCUGAAUCAGAGAGAGAUAGCAUCCGGGAGAGCCUGGAGCUCCAGAGGCUUUCACAGACUCCGUCUCCAGCAGCAGCAGCAGCAGCAGCAGCAGCAGCAGCAGCAGCACAGUCCUCAGGGGAGGGACCUGUUGAAGGACGAUCCUCCCCGCAGAAGUCCACAGCCUCAGGGUCAAACAGACGCAAGAGGCGGCAGAGGUCGAAGCAGGAGCGCAAACUUGGCACCACUCUUUCAGACUGCAGAGAGGAGCGACAUAGGGAGGAGGAAGAGGUGGAGGAAGGUACAGCCACAAGUGCUGCAGAGCCCGAGAUGCAGCCUCAGACAGAGAGCCGGGUUAUGUCAUGUUCACAAGAGAGGGCCGGUAAGGAGGACUCCACAGACGGCUACCAGGGAGACGGAGGCAGAGACUACAUCAACAAACAGGUGAGCAGUCAUGGGACGGGCCAGAACACGGAGCCUGUCGUGUGUCAGGGAGCAGAGGAAGAGGAAGAGACUACUGAGCAUGGUGAGUGCAGGCUACAGAUGGAGGCCCAGCGCAUCAGCCUGUCUCAGAUUCACGCCGCCCAGCUUGAAGUGCUGCAGGAGGAGACGGACGCCUGCACACACUCUCUGGAGCUGAAGCUGAAGAACCUGAAAGAUCACGGUGAUCAGGAUGAGCCAAAAAUCUUCAAAUACCACAACAUGUUACAGGCUGUGUCAAUAGAAUGCAGUGAGAUCAUUCAGUGUUUUCAAAAGAUGUUUGGUGAAGAGUUUUUGGAGAGUGCUGACACAGACAGCCAGCCGCCUUCUCUGGCAGACAGACAUGAAACUAGGGAAUCUACCACCAUUGUACUGGAAGCCAGAGAGCUCUACAGAAAUCUUCAGCAGGUGAGGUUGACGAUUGAGCAGGAACAUCACCGACUGUCACAGCUUCAGGCUCUGCUGAGAGCCGAUGGGAACAAGGUGAUGGAACUGCAGAGGUCGUAUGAUGAACUUAAGAGCAGCAGUGAGAAGGAGAUCUCUGACCUGCGCGGGCAAGUUGCCAGCAUGAGCACCUCUUCGAGCGAAGAUGUGAAGGAGCGGGCUGGUGCACCAUCUACCUGCCUGACAGAGGAAUUACAGAGGCUAAAGGCAGAGGAGCAGGAGAAGCAGCUCCGGUUGGAGGAGAGUCACAGACAGGAGGUGGAGCAUCUCCGAGCUCACUACCAGCAGCAGGCAGCAGAGACUGAGGAGCGGUACCUCACUGAGCUCCUCAUGCUGCAGCAGCGACUAGAGGAGGUCACAGGAACUCAGACACACUUCAGUGUUACACAGUCCAGCUCUGAGAUGACGGAGGAGCACAGAGAGGAACUACUUAAGGACCUAGGUGAAGAGAACCUUUCAGAGGGAGGCGUGGAGUUGAGCUCGCCUGCCAGGUCUGCAGGCUUGACGGCGCAGCUGCAGGCGCUGAGGAAAGCUCUCUACCACAAGUAUGUCCAAGAAGUAGCAGCUCUCCAAGAGCAGCAUAACAGGGAGCUGAAGAGACUGAGAGAAGAAAGGGAACCGGAGCGUAAGGAAGAUAGAGGAGAGGAGGAGCAAGAUCUGAAUGGUAUUAACGGGGCUGGGAGCUCAAUCAGGAGCCUCAGGGGUGCUGGGCCAGUCGCGCCGGAAGAGAGACAAGACUGGGAGAGAGUGGAGGAGGAAGUUGCUAAGGCGAUAGUUCAGAUGUCCGUAGAGUUUGCACAGCAGACUGAGCUGGCUAGAAUCAACAAGCGAGCCGGCCAGAGGUGCACCUCCAUGCAGACCCAGUCGGAUGAAGAGGAGCUGGAUGAGAAGGUGGACAAUGAGCCGACUAAAGCUUCACCCAGCUCGAGUGCCUGGCUGGAGGAGGUUGAGAAGGAGAGACUGGAGAGGGAGCUGGAGGAGAGGAACGCUGAGAUUAGAAAGUUGAAAAAAGAGCUGCAGAAAUCAGGACCCGAACAGGCCUUAAAGCAGAGAGGAGACACUCCAGAAGAAGCUGAGGAAGAGGAAAAUCCAGGGGGAACGCGAAUAAAGCUCGCUAGUGGAGGCAAAUCGUCAUCGCAGGAUGAUGGAGAGUCCUCCGAUCAGGACGCUGAGAGAAACAUUCUGCGUCAGGCCAACGAGAAACUCAGUCAGGCUCUGGUGGAGGUCCUGAAGACCACAGCAGCAGCGGAGGAAACGAUGGGCCUCCACAUGCUGAGUCUGUCUGCUUCCAGUGGAGAGCAGCAGGCUACAGCUCCCCACGCCACCACACAGAGAGCUACCUGGCAGAGAGUUAACACACAGCCUGUCAGACCUGCAGGUCACCCUGCAGAAAGUUUCCAGGGCAGCGAGAUCGGGGCAGACGAUGUGAGUUUGUGGCCUGGAGAGACGGAGGCUGACGAGGGUCUGGAGGUUUCCCAGGAGAUGAUGGAAAGCCUGCUGCUGGGAGCGGGGACACAGCUGGAGAACGAGGAAUAUCUGAUGGGCAUCAGCAAACGACUCCAAACAGCUCUGGAGAAGAUGUUAGUGGCCCUCAGCGACACCACCAGUCAGCUUGAACAUGCCCGGAUGACCCAGACUGAGCUGAUGCGGGAGUCCUUCCGCCACAACCAGGAGAUGAACGAGCUGCUGCAGAAGCAGGAGGAGCUGCAGGAGAGGUUGUCGGAGGAGGCCCGGGCACGCGAGCAGCUGGCUCUGGAGCUCCACCGGGCUGAGGGUUUGAUUGACGGUUACACGGGUGAAAGGGCUGCGCUGGAGGAGCAGUUGCGUCAGAAGGAUGAGCUCCAGCUGGGCCUCGAGCAAGAGCUGCAGGUGACAAGUAGCCGACUGCACGAGUUGGAGCAGGAGAGGCGUCAGAUGCAGGAGGAGCGGGAGCUGCUGUCACGGCAACAAGACGCCAUGAAGGAGAACGCCGGGCCACGCGAGCUUCGCCUAGUUGAAGCUGCAAUGGUUGCAGCACCUGAAGCAGACCUGCUGGAGGAGACGGAGAAGCUGAUGAAAGAGAAGGUGGAGGUGCAGCGUCAGGCGGAGAAGGAGAACGCUGACCUCCUGAAGCAGGUGAAGCUGCUGGAGGCGGAGCUGGAGGAGCAGGUCAACAGGGUGAUCGAGCUGGAGCACGCUCAGAGGACGGAGAGUGGAGACCUCCAGCAGCAGGUCCAAGCUCUGGAGAAACAGCUGGAGAAGAACAGAAGGUUCCUCGAUGAACAAGCUGUGGACCGAGAACACGAGAGAGAUUUCUUCCAGCAGGAGAUCCAGAAACUGGAGCAACAGCUGAAGAACCCACAGAAGCUGCAAACUGGCUCAGAGCAAAGAAACCAUGAGGUGGACCAGCUGACCUCCCAGCUGAAGGAGAAGGCGGAUUGGUGCAGUGAGCUGCUGCUCAGCUCAGAGCAGCUGCGUCGUGAGUUGGGAGAGCGCGACGAAGAGAUUGACAAGCUGGAGAGCCGCAUCCGCGAGCUGGAGCAGGCCCUGCUGGCCAGCGCUGAGUCCCUGGAGAAGGUUGAACAAAAGAAGCAGCAUGCAUCCGUCACAGAGGCACGACACUCCACACUGGAGUCUCAGUUACAGACGGAGAGAGAAGCUCUGGAGAGGAAAGAGAAAGAGAUCUGCAACCUGGAAGAGCAGCUGGAGCAGUUCAGAGAGGAGCUGGAGAACAAGAGCGAGGAGGUGCAGCAGCUCCACAUGCAGCUGGAGAUCCAGAAGAAGGAGAUCACUAGUCAGCAGGAAUACCUAGACACAAGGGACAGCAUGCUCCAGGUGAUGGAGAAGAAGGACAGGGAAAUAGCACUUCUUAAUGAACAGAUCACUAAGCUCCAACACAUGGAAACAGCCUCUGAUAACAAGGAAAUUGACAACAGGGAUGAGCUGAUUAAAGACCUGGAGUCCCAGGUGGAGUGUCUACGGAGCGAGCAAGAGCGCCUGAAGAGGAACAAUGAGGAGGAGCUUGACCAGCUGAACGCAGUCAUAGACAAGCUUCAGCAAGAACUGAGCAACAUCGAGCAGAAGCAGCUGACAGAGGAGGACGAUGACUCCAAGGAAGAGCAGAGUCGAGAAGAAUUUGACGAAAUGAAGCAGAGAAUGGACCAGGCUACCAAAGAGCUCGACACGCUCAAAACAGAGCACAGCAAGCUGCUGGAGACGUAUCUGCGCUUGAAAGAGAGCGCAGAAGCUUUAGCUCAGACAGAAAACACGGAGGGCUCGGAGGCAGAACUCGAAGAAGCUCUCAGAGAGAAAACUGCAGGUCUCGUGGUCAUGCAAGCCCAGGUGCAAGCUUUAGAGCAGAGUGCAACAUCCAGAGUAGAAGAGCUGGACCUCCGCAUCCGGGAGCUUGAAGAUGUGGUUGACGAAAAGGACUCUGAGUUAAGACGCUGCCGCCUUCUUCUUGAGCAAACGCAGAGCAAUGCAGAGGGUCUCCAACAGAAGGUCUCUGAUCUGGAGAAAAACCUGACGGAAAAAGUUGCUGCGGUGCUAGUAAGCCAGGCCACACUGGAGGCCUUCCAGCAACAGCAGUCCAAAGAAAACCAGCAGGAGCAGCAAAGGCCUGCUGAGCCACACGUGUACGACUUUGGCGACUUUGGUAUUCCCCAAAUGGACUUCAGUGGGAUCGGUCAAGCGAGACAAGCUCCCACAGGGAAGGUAGUCCACCUGACCCAGAGGCUUCGGGAGCUGGAGGUGGGACUCAGCGGGAUGCAGAAAGACCAGGAGCUUCAGAAGCAGCUGCUGUCCAGUUCUGAGGAGGAGGUGAUGGAGUACGAGAGGAGGCUGUCUGUGCUCAUGGAUCUGCUCAGUCAGAUGAAGGCCAGGACACAUCAGAAGACCUCACAAGCUGUGGGGGUAUCCUCUGCUGACCACCAGCCUGCUGUGUCGGACGUUCUUCAGGAGUUGCAGGAGGUCAGAGACGAGGCCUCGGCCACCAAAGAGCAGCUGGACAGCUACAAGGAGAGCUGCAGCAGACUCCAGGAGGAGCUCCAAGAAAAAAUGGUUUCAAUACAGAAACUACAGGACCAACUUCAAAACGUGUCAUCUGGAGGCAGUGAGGAGACGAAGGUGUCCGAGCUUCAAGGGGAAUUAUUGGAGGUCCGGAAUGAAGCAGCUGCCACCAAAGAGGAGCUCAACAGCUGCUGGGAGAGCUUGGAGAAGCUACAAGAGCUGCUGCAGGAGCGGGAGAUGACCAUUGCUCACCUUAAAGCAGAACUUUUCGAGGUUAAAACGGAAGAAGAGAGAGCCAACAUGGCAGAUCUUCUCCAGGAGGUCAGGAGCGAAGCGGCUUCCACCAAAGAAGAACUUGACAGCUUCAGGCAGCAUAAUGAGAAACUUCGGGAGGACCUCCAAGUCCGUGAAGUCUCCAUUUCUGAACUCAAAGGGGAGCUCCAGGAGGUGAGACAGAAUGUGGACACCACCAAAGAAGAACUCAACAGUUACAGACAGCACAAUGAGAAGCUGCAGGAGGAGCUUCGUGUCCGUGAGCUCUCCAUUUCUAAGCUCAAAGAGGAGCUCCAAGAGGUUCAAACAGCCUUGAUGAAGACCGCUGAUUCUAGUCCUCCCUCUCCGUCUCCCUCCCCGUCUCCCUCUCCGUCUCCUCAGCUUCUCUCCUCCACUUCCUCCUCCUCCACCCAGCCUAAAAGGAAAGGAGGGAAACAGCCGCCUGGCAAGGGAAGCAGUGCCAAAGAUAAAACAUCUCUCUCUAGGAAAAACUCUGCUCCUUCUAGCCAGUCCUCCAACAAAUCUCACAGUUCUCGACUGAACAGCAGCUCCGAGCAGCAGGAACACACGCCUGUGACGCACUCGUUCACCCAGACCGAACCCCUCCAAAUGUCUGACCUCGCCCCAGAGAGCAAGUCUCCUACGAAGGACGAGGUGGAGGAGGUGAUCGGGGAGUUCCAGGACAAGAUUGUACAGAUGCAGGAGCUCCAUGCAGCGGAGAUCCUGGACAUGGAGGCUCGGCAUAUUUCGGAGAGCGAGAGCCUUCGCAGGGACACGCAGGCUCUGGAGGACGAGUGUAAGGCUCUCAAGGCUGUCAUUGACAAGCUGCGCUCUACAGAGGCUCCUUCAUCACGACAAGACCGUCCGACAUCACAGUUCAAAGAUGGCUACACAAGUGACAGCAGCUCAGACUACAGCCAGCGGACUGGAUUUGACCUCCCUAGCUUGCAACAGGAGUUCAGGACGACUCCAGAGGGCGCCAGGAGAGAGACUGAUGAUCCACUGCCUGACCGCAUCAAGACGUUGCUGCGUGAGGUGCACCAGGAGGGCAUGCAGGUGCUCUCUCUGUCCGAGCUGCCCAUCCCUGAGGGCGACCCAAGCAGCCAGUUCAACAUCCCAGGAUGGGUGAAGGAAAGAGACGCCCUGCUGGCAACUGUGGAGUCUCUCAAAGGCCUCAUCACCCAGAUGCAGACACACAGAGAAACACAGACGGACUGGCGUGCGGAGAUGCUUGAUGCGGUGCGUCAGGUGUUCAUGAGGGAGCGUAGUGUGCUGAAGAGCGCCCUCUACAGCCAUUUGGAGCUGCUGGACACCAGUGAUGCCGUCAUCCACCUCAAUCAGCUGGAGCGCAGACUGUCUGAACAGGACGCUCAGCACAGAGAGGCGAUGGGUUCGCUCUGCACCGCAGACAGGACCAGUCUCAUCUCUGAGAUUCAUCAGCUUCGAGGUCAACUGGAGCAGAUUCAUCAAGGUUGUCAGCCUGCUGUUUUAUUGGGUGCUGAAUGUAGCAUGAAGGAGCAGAGGGAAGGAGGAGGAACUGAUGGAGCAGCAGAGGCUGACAGACUGCUGGUGGAGGAGCUGAAGGUUGAACUGUCCCAGACUAAACUGGAGCUGGAGACGACGCUCAAGGCUCAACACAAACACCUCAAAGAGCUGGACACACUCAGGGUGGAGGUAUCGCAGAAAGCUGCUGCAGUGGACACACUGAACGACCAGCUGACGGAGGAGAGAAAGAGAAGCAGAGACCUUCAGUGGGCCGUGGAGAAGGAGAAGUGUCGAACAGGGAGAAACGAGGAAAGUAAACGAGAAGAACUAGAGGACCUGCACCUCAGUCUGGAGGAACAUAAGAGCCGUGUGGCCCAGCUGACCCAGACCCUGGACCAGGAGCGCCAGGCCUCCUCUAAGCUUUCCCAGCAUGUCGAGCAGGAGCACCUGAGCCUCCAGAGAAGCCUCCAGGAGCUCCAGGUCCAGCUGGAGACAGAGCGAGCCAAGGCCCUAGAGAUGAGCACUGCGCUGGGAAGGGAGAGGGAGCUGCGGACGGCUGUCUCCUCAGACGGCGGCCCCUCCAAUGAGGUCCAGAAUGAUGGGAGGAGUCAAGAGGAGGAAGGGAGUCUGCUGGAGAGGCUGCAGAGGGAGCUGGAUGACAAACAUGCACAGGUGGUGCAUCUCCUCAGUCAGGUGGAGGCCCAGAAGCUCGAGGUGGUACGAAAAGAAGAGGAGCUGACUUUGGGGAGUCAGAGGUCGAGGCGGGACGAGGAGGCGCUGCUGGAAGCUCGGGCCCAGCUGGAGAGGCUGGAAGCACGAAUGUCUGAGGCCCAGGAGGAGCUGGAGCGAGAGAUGGAGAGGAGGAAGAGCUUAGAGGAAGAGAAGGAGAGACUAGAGGAGAGGUUGAACCAGUUUAGAGAGCAGAGAGGAGGGAGGGAGGAGAGCAGACCUCUGCAGGCUGACGGCGACAAUCAGGCUGUCUGGCAGAACGAGUCCACUGACCGCACCAAAGACUGGGUGUUCCAGCAGAAGAGCUCCAGCACGUCUACCCACCUGGAGGUCUCUCCAACGGGCCGCACAGGUGGACCACACCACGGCCCUUGGCGCACAGUCGACAAGAUCCUCGGCAAACUCCACCUUGUUUCCUCCAAGGUCCGCAGUAUGGCGAGCAAGACUACUGGCAGGCUGACAGCAGAGGUUGACAGCGAAGAGUUAUCCUGGGUACAGUCCAAUGUUGAUGAGGUCAUCACUAUGCUGCAGCAGUCGCCAGGUCUACCCUCUGUCCCCGAGAGUGUUUCCCUGCUGGCAGGAGGCUCCUCCAGCUCCUCCAACACCCUGACGGAGCGGCUGUUGAGGCAGAACGCCGAGCUGACUGGUUUUGUCAGCCGUCUGACCGAGGAGAAGAACGAUCUGAGGAACCACACGCUCCGCCUGGAGGACGAGCUGCGGCGCUACCGGCAGGCUGGUCUGGGGUCAGGCGACAGUUUCAGCAGGAGAGGAGCGUCAAAGGCGGAUUCGUCAGGCAUGCUGCUUUCCCAGGAGAGGGAGGCCUGGACAAGAGAGAAGAUCCGCCUGGAGAAAGCUUUACAUCUGGCCCAGGCUCAGGUGGCCCGACUCAGGGGGGAGAUCAGGACCGACACCCUGCGGGAGAUAACUGGACCUGAGGCUGACAAUGCUGCACUGAAGAGAAUAUAUGGGAAAUACUUGAGGUCAGAAAGCUUCCGCAAAGCACUGAUCUACCAGAAGAAGUAUCUGCUGUUACUGCUGGGAGGCUUCCAGGAGUGUGAGGAGGCCACGCUGAUGCUCCUCUCCAGAAUGGGUGGCCGGCCAUCGCCAUCCAGCCUGGAGUCCCUCAGCCAGCGCCGACGGGGGCUUAUGCGCUUCCGCUCCGCCGUCCGAGUCUCUAUUGCCCUCUCCAGAAUGCGCUUCUUAGUCAAAAGAUGGCACAAGGCGACGGGGAUGAGCUCCACAACCUCCCCCAGCGUCCACAAGAACGGAGCAGGACAGACUUUAGGCACAGAAGCAAGAGACUCACCUUAUCUUCACCCAGGCAGUGUGGAGAUGUACAGAGAAAGAGGAGGAGGAGGAGGAGGAGGAGGAGGAGUGUCCAGCAGCAGGGGGCGGAGUGGACAUGAAUCGCCCAGAUCGGCUGUCUCCUCCUCACAACACAGGUUUCACAUAGCUGGAGACCACGGAGCUCUCACCUGCUCCCACCUGCAGAACUACGACCCCGACCGAGCGCUCACUGACUACAUCUCCAGACUGGAGGCGCUGCAGAGGAGGCUUGGGAGUGUGACAUCAGGUGCUUCUUCAUAUGCUCAAUUGCACUUUGGCUUGAGAAGAUAGAUGCCGUCGAGGAAACUUUGGCUUGAAGAAACUGAGUUGCCUUUUUCUCGUGCUGAGCGCUCUGCUGUUUUCUAUCAGUCUGGUGUGGACUGUAUCUUUCCAUGUGGACCAAAACCCAUUUUUUUAUCUGUGUACGACAUGUUGUAUUCAGGCUUUUUUGUCGCCGGCACUUGAAAAACAGCUAUGUUUGUAAUUUGAUCUGCCUCUUUGUCGUGGAUGAUCUACAAUCAUGUAUAUUUGUCUAAUGCUAAUUUAAGACCUUGUGAUUAAUUUAUAUGUUUGUGUGGUAUGGGUGGAACGUUAUGUAAAGGAUGUUUGGGGUUUAUUGUUAAGGAGGCUGCUGCUGGAUAUUCUACACUACACUGUGUUUUGUUUAGGCCAGACAGACUACAGAGGACAUUUGUAGAGAACGUAUUUUUGUAAAGGUAGGAGCUUUGAAUUUUCUGGGUAUUUUGUCAAAAACUGAAAUAAAGAGGACUACAUUAUUUGAAAGA